AUGGCACCUCGCCGAACACCCCGCCGCCCCGCCGGCACCUCCGCCCCAACCCCCGACACCAGCUCCAACCCCAGCAACUCCAGCACCGCCACCAAAAAGAACACCACCUCCACAACCGCCCCAACGUCCACCCCCCGCGUAACCUACGAAUCCCACCCCGUCCCCCAGCAAGUCACCUUCCCCGCGCGCCGCAAGACCGUGCGCACCUACGGCGGCCGCCGCUCACUCCCUGCGCGGCUGGAGACCACAACGACGCCGCCGGGGUCGAAUGACUCGGCUGUGGCGAAGAGGAGGGGGAUGAGGGGGGGGGAGGAGGUGAAGGGGUUGCAGUCCGGGGGAGAGGGGGGUGGGAUGGUGGGGGAGGAAGAGGUGGAGGAGGAGGAGGAUGUGAAGAUGGAGGUGGUCAAGGUGGUUGCUAAGAAGGCUGCGCCGGAGAGGAGGUCUAAGAGGAGGAGAACUAUGGGCGAUGUACCCACGCCGAGGCUGGAGAAGAAGGGGUCGAGUUUUCAUACCCAGACGUUGACCCAGUUUAUGGGGGCGUCUGCGACAAAGUUGGAGUAUGAUGGGCUACGAGUGGAGGAUGAUGAGGAGGAUGUGGAGGUUUCGCUACCGUCGGGAAGGACGCCUAUUAAGCAGUCCUCCGUGCCGCGAUGGAAAGGGAAAGGCAAGGCUGCGGCGCCCGAGCCCUGCACCCCGAGCAACAAACGCAUCAAGGUCAACCCUGACGAGGUUCCUGCCUCACAACCGACGCCGUUCACACCCCUGUUGGGUCACAGUCCGCUUGCGCCUAUGAGGUCGCCGCUGACGCAGAAAUCGACUAAUAUCGAUGCCCCGUUGCCGACGAUAGAAACAGUUUCGAAAAUACCGCGGACUUUGACCAUCCAGGAUAGUUACAGCAUGGGGGACAGCAGCAGCUUGGGAUUCCCGUCCUCGGCGGCGGGCGACACACCGAAAAAGGAGGAGACGCAACAAUCCACGCGCGAGCCGUUAAGUGAGAUACCAGUGGCUAGCAUCGAGCUUGGUGUCGGUUCUACCCCGGCCGGAGAGACUCCCACGUCAAGGAGAAAGAGGAUGUUCUUCGAGAUCCCGGAUACGGACGACGAAUUGGACGGCAUCGCGUCCACGCCCUUCAAGACGAGCCCUGCACAACAAACGCCGCUAAAGCAGGAGGUGAUUCAGGACAACUUUGAAAUAGCGGCAGAUCCAGGCUCGGCUCCACGAACUCAGAGGACUGCUAUUUCGGAGACUCCUGUAAGCUCGGCCAAAUCGGAUAAGGAAAACGGGACACCUGCUAUCGGGAUGUGGGAGGACAGAGAUAUGGACUAUGGUGCGGAGGAGAGGGAGGGCACGCCAACCCCAACGCCGGGCCGGAAAUCGCAGGCCGCUAGCAGGACUAGCCAGGUCAGCCCUAACACGGCCUCACAGUUCUGGACUGGUUCGGCGGAAAAUAAUGGCAGCAUAGGAACAUCAGCUGGGGUUGCACGCGAGCCUUUGACCGAACUGGCAUUGCGCGAGGACUCGGUGGAGGUGGAAGACGACCAGUCCAGCUCACCCCCGUCGACUCCCCUCGCAUCGCAGUUCUACGGCAGCAUGGGCAAGUCGGAUGCACGGACUCGUAGGCCUAGUCUCCAAUUCGAGGAUCCAGAUGAAACGGCAAGUGAGGCCGAGGAAGACCCGGUCGAGGAAGAUCAGGCCGAGGAAGAGCCGGCCGAUGAGGAGCAGAUUGAGGAGGAACAUAUACCAGUGUCAAUCCUAAAGAAGGCGGCCUCACAAAAAGACCACUGCGCCAAUGGCCGGAAAAGGCGCGGGGUGACACCCAACCUCAACUCAGAGUCAUUGACCACCGAGACGCCGAGCACCCCAACUCGGGGCACGCCAGCGCCGGCCGUCCGGAGGGUCCAGAUCGAGCUGCCGCCGCCAUCCUCCCGUGAAGUUUAUAAGGAGACUCCCCGAAAGCCGCAGAAAUCGUCGCCCAUCUACCAACGGCAUACCCAAGCUCGGUCUCAGUUCUACAGCCAGGGCCUCGAAAGCCAGCGUAUCCCGUUGGAGGUUAUCCGCUCCCUUGGGCCACAGACAGACCGCUCUGAUAUUCUCACCGUAUUUCCCGCGGAUAUUGUCGAGGGUAUCGUAAACGGUCUCAGGGACCAUGAGUUUCGCGACUACAAAUUCCCGGUCCAAGUCUCCCGAUGCUGGAUCUAUACCGACCUUCCUGCGGGCGAGGUGAAAUACAUGGCCACUCUCGGUCCUGCCAAAGAGCCGGGUCAAAUCGAUGCUGGCACCGGCGUCGGCAACGCCGAGUUCAACGCCGGCACAUCGGGCUACAAGUUCGCCCACAAGCUUGUACAAGUGUAUCAACUCAAUAACCCGGUGCCACUAGCAGACAUGGAGGACAAUGGGCUGGGCGCCGGGCCGCCGCAGCGUUACAAGUACCUGCCUCCGGCGAUUGUGGGACAGUUGCUUGCAAAUCUGAGAUGUCCGCUUUUCUGCGAGGAAUACGAGGAGGACUUCUCCUGUGGUGACUUUCUAACCAACAUCGACCAAGGAGGUGUAACAAUCUCGCAGGAACUGGAGGACCAGCUCCGCAGCGACAUUCUCCACUCUACGCAAAAGCCGUCUCGCGCCGCUUACCAUCACGACGAGGAGGAAGAUGUCAUCCCCGCGAGCCAGAGCCCGACCCAGCCGCGGUCAGCUCCCAUCCCUGCCCAAAAGGCAAACGGCAGCUUCACCCGCCCGCCAAUCCCGGCACGCUCCAGCCCGCGGAUCCGCGACCACCAGAGCAGCCAGACCUCAGCGGCAACCCCGCGCCCCAAACCCCCCCGACAACCAACGCCCGCCAGAACAACAACAGCCCGCCGACCCCCCUCAUCCACCUCCCAACGCUCCAUCCGCCCCUCCCAAGCCACAACCGCCUCCGACAUCUCGGCCGUCUCCUCGCCCGACAAGUCCUCCGGCCCGCCCUCGGUGCCCCGGCCCCCCUUGCCAGGGUCCAACGACAUGUCGCUGCCUAGCCUGCCUGACGACGACGACCACGCCAGCCUGCUCCCGCGCCCGCGCCCGGGCUUGCUGCUCUCGUCGUCGCAAGGUGGGGUGUUGCCGCCGGAUAGUCUGUUUGUGGAUGAGGUGAGCAUGGCGCCGCCGCCGGUGGAGGUGUGGGAUUCGGAUUCGGAUGGGGAUGGGGAUGAGGUGGGGGGGUAUUGA